GCCGGAGCGGCCCACGUCGUCGCCGGGGCACGACGGGAUGCUGCGUCCGGAGGCUGGUGAUGAUGACAAUGGUUCAGUAAGUCGCUGGGAUGGAUGAGGAAGGUCUGCGGUCAGCGCCCGGUGGAAGAACAGGGAGCUGCUGUGCGUCCCGGCUCCGCGAUGCCGUCACCUCUGCGCGCGUUUCCCUCCGCGACCCGCCGGACAGAGGACACAGGCGGACAAGUGACACACCGGCAUCGGAAUCUGAACCAGAACCAGCCUCGGAAUAACGCGCAGAGGCAGUAGAGGAGCCGGACAUGGAGAGACACGGCGGCCGGGCCAGGGAGGACGCAUCUCCCGCAGCGAAGGAGGAGAAGCGCCGGGAGAAGAAGCCGAAGUCCGGGAAGCUUUUCCGAAAGAAGCCGUUGAAGUCGGUUGGAAGUUUUAUGAACAGGAUCCUGAGAACUUUGGGCACUUUCGCCCACUUUGGAGACGCGGACGCGCCGGACGCGGAGGACGACGACGGGGGGUUCGGGAAGGGCGCACCGUGCACCCUGAGCGCCAUGCCCCGGGAGGAGGCACAGGUGAGACACGGGGACCCGCGGGGGGCGAAGAACACCUCCAGCACCUCCUCCUCCCUGUGCACCGGCAGGGAGAAGCUGCUCUGCCGGUACGGAGACCGAGUCCCCGGCGUCCUGGGGCUGAAGAACCACGGGAACACCUGCUUCCUGAACGCGGCGGUCCAGUGUCUGAGCAACACCGACCUGCUGGCGGAGUACCUGGGGCUGGAGCGGUACAAGCUGGACCUGGACCUGAGCCUGGGCCGGGUCAACGGCCCGGUGAGGGGUGAGGAGCCGCGGCUGGCCCGGGGAGAGGUCACCGAGCAGCUGGCCUCACUGGUCCGGGCCCUGUGGACUCUGGAGUACACACCACAGCUGUCCGUGGACUUCAAGACGAUAGUGUCCAAGUAUGGAUCUCAGUUUCGUGGAAACUCCCAACACGAUGCCCUGGAGUUCCUCCUGUGGCUGCUGGACCGCGUCCACGAGGACGUCAAUCUGGCCUCGCACAACAACAACAACAAGACCAAAGCUCCCGGACAGGGCCCCGGGGGAGCUGAGGAGGCGCCGUCUCCGGACCCGUCCCAGUCCCAGUCCCAGUCCCAGCAGCCCAGCGUCCAGCACAGCUUCGUCCAGGAACACUUCCAGGCCCAGUACAAAUCCUCGCUGACGUGCCCCCACUGUCUGAAACAGAGCAACACCUUCGACCCUUUCCUCUGCAUCUCACUCCCUCUUCCUCUGCGCCAGACCAGGCCGCUGUGUGUGACGCUGGUGUUCAGCACCAAAGGGCAGCGGUACCUCCGCACCGGGCUGGCUGUGCCCCUGUUCGGCUCGGUGGCCUGCCUGAGGAGGGUGGUGGCCGACGAGGGGAAGAUUUCUCCGGACCAGGUGAUCCUGACGGAGGUCUACUCCACCGGGUUCCACCGCUCCUUCUUCGACGAGGACGAUCUAACGAGCAUCGCCGAGAAUGAUGUCAUCUACGCCUUCCAGGCUCCGCCCCUCUACAUCAGAGGAGGCUCGGCUCGGAUCUCAGGGUACCACCACAGCCUGCCAUCGUCUCCCUACUCCACCGGGCCCGAGGGUCAGAGGUUACCGGCUUCUGGGGCGUUGUCCUCAGAGUUCCUCAACCAGGGCGUCCCGCUGAAGAUCCUGCUGCUGGUGUGCAACGCCGCCGGGGGGGGGCAACAGGCCGUCAGGUUCGGACCUCCGUUUCUGAUGAGGGAGGACCGGGCGAUCUCCUGGGACCAGCUGCAGCAGAGCAUCCUCAGCAAACUUUACUACCUGAUGAUCAACGGAGCUCAGGCGCAGAAUACCAGGGUGCUGUUCAACAUCCGCGUGGUCGGAGGUUCAGCGUUUUACAGCUACCUGUCACCUCAAGACGGGCGACCGCUCUACCACCCCGCCGUGGACAGGGCUCUGAAGCUCUGCAGCUCUGGAGGACCUCCACACGUGAAGCUCAUCAUCGAGUGGGAGCACAGGAUCAAGGACUGCCUGUUUGGAAACAUCCAGGAGGAGGUGGUGAGAGAUGCAGAGAGCGUGAGGAACCAGCAGCAGCAGCACGUGCAGCAGUACAGCUGCACCCUGGACGAGUGCUUCCAGCUCUACACCAAAGAGGAGCAGCUUGCCCCAGACGACGCCUGGAAGUGCCCUCACUGCCAGCAGCUGCAGCAGGGCAUGGUGAAGAUGAGCCUGUGGACGCUCCCGGACAUCCUCAUCCUGCACCUGAAGAGGUUCCGGCAGGUGGGAGACCGCAGGAACAAGCUCACCACCUUCGUGCACUUCCCUCUGACGGGCCUGGACAUGAAGCCCCACAUGGUGAGCCGCACCCACGGCUCCCACCCGCCCCCCCCGCAGCCCGGGUGGAGGCAGUCCAGACGCCACGACCUGGCCCCCCCGGACUACCUGUACGAUCUGUACGCUGUGUGUAAUCACCAUGGAGGGAUGCACGGCGGACAUUACACAGCCUUCUGUAGGAACUCUGUAGACGGCCAGUGGUACAGCUACGAUGACAGCAGUGCCGAGCCGGUUCCCGAGGCAGAGGUGGUCACACGUGGAGCCUACAUCCUCUUCUACCAGAGAAGGAACACCAUCCCGCCGUGGUCGGCCAGCUCCUCCCUCACUGGCUCCACCAGCUCCUCCACCUCUGAUCACUGGCUGGUCCGGCUCACUGGGGGCAGCGAGAGGGGCAGCGUGGUGUCAGGGGGGCCCCUCCCCACGGCCCCGGGGCCCCCACAGGCUCCAGAUUCUCCUGAGCUGCCAGUGUUCGGAGAUGAACCAUCAAAAACAAACGGGUUCGAGGCCAAGCCGUUUGUCCGUGGGACCCAAGGCAGGAGUGUCAGCAUGAGAUCUCCGACUAAGUCCAAGGAGACUCUGAGCAAAGUUCUGCCGCUGCGCUGGUCCUUUGGCCCCAAGGAUCGCGUUAAACACCCAGCGCAGACCCGGCCUGGGGAGCUGGUGGAGUACCUGGAGUCUGGGCGCCGGCCGCGGUGUACCAAAGACCCCAUCGUCCAACUGGUGGCCACCCCACCACAGAAGGCUUCCCAGCGGAGAGCCUUCAAUGUGGGACAGGACUGCAGCUCGCCCAGUGGCAGCAGCCUCAGCUGUUCAGACAGACCCUGCUCGGACACGUGCUACUCGCCCAAGCUGCCAGAGGGACAGAGCCGACCCUGUGUGGACAGAAGCUCCGGCCAGGGAGUCGGUCACAACAGCAAAGCAAUAGACGAGGUGUCCCUGAGGCAGAGGUUGUCUAAGAGAGCGAGGCAGGACCCGGGCAGGACCCUGGACCUCCAGCUGCACAGAGGACUCAUCCUAGAAGAUCAAAUCAGCCACAGUGCACCCCCCAGCAGAGACUCCACUCUGAAGAGAACCAAGGUCCAGGCGGGGGUGACGUUCAGGCCUCAGAAGGACCUGGUGCAUAUGAUCCUCCAAUCUGAGGGCCGGGGGGGGCACGAGGGUCGCAGCCACGACAGCCUCUUGUCUUUCUUCAAACCAGGUUUCAUGAAGAAAGGGAUUCUGAGGUCACCGACCAAGGGGAUCGAUCGGCGUCUGAACGGCCACGGACACCUGGAGAAGCUGGCGGCCAGUCCUUUAGCCAAACUGUCCCUCUCCAACGGGACGCUGACCACGCUGGCCCACGAGGCCGGGAGGACCGGCGUCGCCCCCUGCUGUGACACACACAACCGCAAAGUGCCGCUGCCGAACGGAAAGGCCGUACACCCCGAGGCCGGGGACAUCCAGCGCGCCCACAGCUCCGGCAACAUCCAGACGAAGCUGGAUCUGACUUUCCGCCGGUGCGCCUCCCUGCAGAGGAACGGCCAAGUCCCGGCGCAUCCGGAGCCUCGCGUCCUGCUGCCGGACAAGCCCGGCCACAGCCCUCUGCAGCGGACACGCUACAGCACCACCUCCCUGGGUCGGCACCGGCCCGUCCCCGAGCACUGAACCUGCACUGCACGCUUAGCUAGAGGAGGACACUGGACACAGAGGAGCUGUUUGUGUCCAACGAGCACAGAUAUCACUGGAAACAGAGAAGUAACGACAACAUGAUCAGGAGAAGCUUCCUGGCUGCUGUGAAAGAAAAAUACAGGAGACUAGACAUGACAUGUGGUAUCGAUACAAAACAAGAGGAAGAGCCUCAGUUUUCAACAAUCAAAAGUACAGAUCCAAGGUCUGUUUUCUUAUGAUCAUGAAUAUCAAUCUUAAGCUGUGUCUCAAUUCAGACGCCUCUUUCUCCUGAGGACCACAAACGCCUCCUCCUUCAGGGGCCUCAUGCACCGUGGGAACCGAACCGAGACGUUCCGGUUCACAGAGGCUUUCUGUGAUCAGGGGUCACCAGCUCGCCCCCCCCCCCCCUCACUGCUGAUUCCCAGCAGCAGAGCGUGACGUACUUCCUGAGUUGAGCCACAGCCACAGAGAUCACUUCAGCCACUUGACACCAUGUGACUGAUGUUCUGUCCUGUGUGUGUUUUUUUUUUUAAAGUGCCUCUGUGACAGCCCAGAAUGACUUCUGAACUCUCGGACCUCUCGAGAAGCCGCCGGCUCGACGGAGCGCUGGAGAGGAGGCAGAUCUUCUCUCCCCCCCCCCCGUCAUAGCACUGUUAGAAGUUCCUACCUGUGUGUGUCUUAAACUCAAUCUAUGCAGUUCGUUUACUGAGGAGAGAAACUGCUGUAGUGUGAUGAGGGAUUAGUUCAAAACGAAGCAAGCUGCCAUUAGAAGGUGGUUUUAUUCUGAAAGGGCAGAGAGUGGUUUAUCCAUUGUGGAGUGAAAAACACUGGAGUCUUUGGAGUAUUCACAGUUUAAUGGGCUCAAACAACAUGUCUCAGAUUUUGCAUAAAAAGUAUUAACACCUGCAGAAAACCACACGCUCCACGGCUUCGUCAUGUAUGAUCAUCCUCCUGUUUUUAUAACCAAUGCACUUUCUUUCUUUUUUUAAAUUCCAUAUGUCGCUACAUCACCUGAGCUUCUACACUGAUGAGUCUGAUUUCUAAUUGAGAGGCAAUUAGACC